AUGGAAGAUGGUAGGGUUUUUGAAUCUGAUUUGGGGAAUACCCUUGUCAACAUUUCACCACUUUCUCACACCAUUGUUUCUAAUUUUGAGAUGGGUGUCCCCAAAAUCCUUUCUUCAGCUAGGGUUUUCACUACCAGUUCAAUCUACACAUUUACUACCAACAAAAUUGGUAGGCAUUGGCUAAGAUUGCACUUUUACCCUGUCAAUAACACCAGAUUUGACCUAAAUUCUGCUGUUUUUUCUGUAGAAGCAAACGGGAUUACAUUGAUCCAUGAGUUUUCAUUCUUUAGAGAUAAUCUCAGUUUCCCUCUUUUUAAAGAGUAUAUUAUUGAAGUCACUGGUUCCAAUUCAGGAAAACUGGUUCUGGGAUUGUUGCCAUGGGAUAACUCGAUUGCUUUCAUUAAUGGAAUCGAGAUCCUUUUUGUUCCUGAUAAGCAAUUUACCUCAAAAAUGCUUUCGAUUCCGUUGGGGUCUGUUCUUGAGCUUCCAACUCAUGUUGGUUUUGAGACAGUUUUCAGGCUUAACAUGGGUGGUCCAAAUUUAUCACCCAUUAAUGAUUCUUUAUGGAGAAAAUGGGGAUCAGAUGAAUCUUUUCUUGUUAAUCCAGCUGCUGCUCGUAAUGUUUCUGUAAACCCUAGUUCAAUUCGACACCACAAUGGGGUUUCGACAGACAUUGCUCCAAAUUCGGUUUAUGCCACUGCUCAAGAAAUGGCUGAUGCAAAUGUUAAUAACCAGAGGUUCAAUAUAUCGUGGCUGUUUGAAGUAGAACAAGGUUUUGCUUACUUUAUAAGAUUGCAUUUCUGUGAUAUCGUUGGAUCGAGAUUACAUGAAUUGGUGUUUGAUGUUUAUAUAAACAAUCAAUCGGCUAUCGAAUCGUUUGAUGUUUCAAGUAGGGCGAAAGGGUUAUCGUCUGCGUAUUUUGUUGAUUUCUUCACCAAUGUGUCAAUGGGUUCGAAUCGAAUCUUGGUUCAAGUUGGUCCUUCUCGCUUAGGGGGUUAUCUACCAACCGCGGUCUUGAACGGUUUGGAGAUCAUGAAAAUGAGCAAUCCUAGUGAUAGUCUUGAUGGGAGAUUGGCUGCAUAUCUUGAUUCGAAUGAGAUAAAAGACAGCAAGAAAAUGCGAAUGAUCAUCGUGAUCUCUUCGUGUUUAGGCGUCGGUUUUGUGCUUAUUUUACUUGUGCUAAUAGUGUUCACCGUUUUCUUGUGUUUUCGCCACAAAAAGAAGCCAAAAGAUGAUGAUGAUGAUGGUCCUGUAGCAUGGUCGCCUCUGCCAAUGUACGUAGGCAAUUCUGGAACGAAAUUCUCAUCAAACACUUUUGGUUCCACCACGGCUUCCCACAGUCUUAGUCAAAUCCUAUCGUUCUCGGAGGUUCGUGAUGCAACAAGAAACUUCGACAAGAGCCUGCUGCUAGGGUCAGGUGGGUUUGGAAAGGUCUACAAAGGCGUUCUUGAAAACGGGCUCGUGGUUGCCGUCAAAAGGGGGAACCCGCGAUCUCAGCAAGGUCUAGUCGAAUUCAAGACCGAAAUCGAGAUGCUAUCCAAGCUUCGACACCGACACUUGGUCUCCCUAAUCGGUUAUUGUGAAGAACAAAACGAAAUGAUCCUUGUUUACGAGUACAUGGCCGGCGGACCCCUGAGACAACAUCUAUACGGGUCUAACCUCCCCCCAUUGACAUGGAAACAGCGACUCGAAAUAGGCGUUGGUGCUGCAAAAGGGCUGCAUUAUCUUCAUACCGGUGUAGCCGAGACCAUCAUCCACCGCGAUGUCAAGACAACUAACAUCUUGUUGGAUGAGAAUCUUGAUGCCAAAGUUGCCGACUUCGGAUUGUCGAAAUUCGGUCCAAGUUUGAAUCAAACCCAUGUUAGCACGGCGGUGAAAGGCAGCUUCGGUUAUCUUGAUCCCGAAUACUUUCGCCGACAACAACUAACCGAAAAAUCGGAUGUUUAUUCAUUUGGAGUGGUGAUGUUAGAAAUGCUAUGUGCCAGGCCAGCCAUAAACCCUACUUUACCAAGAGAACAAGUGAAUAUAGCAGAAUGGGCUAUGAAUUGGCAAAAGAAAGGUGAAUUAGAGAAGAUCAUGGAUCCAGAUUUAAUGGGGUUUGUGAAUCUUGAAUCGUUAAGAAAAUACGGUGAAACUGCUCAGAAAUGUUUAAGUGAAAACGGGAAUGAAAGGCCAUCAAUGGGUGAUGUUCUGUGGAAUUUGGAGUAUGCUCUACAGUUGCAGGAGGUUGGUAAUGGAAGCGGUGGUGAUGUGGAUGGUAUUUCCGACAUCCCUGACCGGAUUCCAGAUGUGGAGAGUGUGCAUAGCAUCGAUAUCGAGACGGUGAGCGAUCUGGAGUCGAAUGGGACAUAG